AUCGUCCAAGAACUUCGAAAAUCGUUCCAUUCUAACUUGACGAAACCUUUACGUUAUAGAAAAGAACAGUUAGAAAAUUUGCAUCGUAUGCUCGAUGAGAAUGAGCAAGCAUUUAGUGAUGCUUUGUACAAAGACCUUCAUAAGCAUAAAUACGAGUCUCUGCUCGGCGAACUAGCUUGGGUUAAGCAAGAAGCUUUAGAUACCAUUUCAAACCUCAAAAGCUGGGCUGAACCAAAUUAUGUCAAAGUUAACUUAGGAUAUGCAAUGAACAAGUGCCAUAUAAGAAAAGAACCACUUUCUGUACACACCUCUGCUCUCGUAUCCGAACUAUUUCCAAAAUAUCUUGAUCAAGAUGCUUAUCGUAUCGUAAGUGGUGGUGUUGCCGAAACUACUGCUUUGUUGAAGCAUAGGUUCGAUCACAUAUUUUAUACCGGUUCUGGUAAAGUUGGUAAGAUAAUUAUGUCUGCCGCAGCUGAACACUUGACUCCUGUCACCCUUGAACUUGGCGGAAAGAGUCCAGCGAUUGUUGCGAAUGACAUGGACAUUUCUAUAUUAGCUAAACGUAUGAUUUGGAGUAAAAUGUAUAAUUGUGGUCAGACUUGUAUUGCACCCGAUUAUAUGAUCUGCGAAAGAUCGGUUCAAGAUGCUUUUAUCAAAGAAGUACCUAAAGUUAUAGAACAAUUCUAUGGCCUUGAUCCUCAAAAUAACACUUCUCAUUAUUGCCGUAUAAUCAAUAAGAGCCAUUUUGAUCGAUUGCAAAAUUUAUUGAAUCAAACUAAGGGAAGAAUUGUACAUGGUGGCAAUUCCGACAGAGAUGAUUUAUAUAUCUCACCUACAAUAGUAGCAGACGUUCCCAAGGAAGAUAAAUUAAUGGAGGAUGAAAUUUUUGGCCCUAUUUUCCCUAUAGUCGUUGUUGAGAACCUUGAUGAGGCGAUUGAAUAUGUGAAUUCAAAAGAUAUCCCUUUGGCUCUUUAUCCCUUUAGUAAAAGUGAUAAAACUGUUAAACAUAUUCUUGAUAACACUCGAUCUGGUGGUGCUGUUAUUAAUGAUUGUCUUAUGCACUUCACUGUAAAAGAUUUACCAUUCGGUGGCCAAGGACCAUCUGGGAUAGGAAGUUACCAUGGCAAACGAUCCUUUGACACUUUUUCUCAUGAGCGAUCCGUUAUGACUACACCACUUGCCAUGGAGAAACUUGUUAAAGCUCGUUAUCCACCAUACAAUGAAUCUAAUAUGAAACUUUUAUUCUGGUUAUUUUUCAGUAAACCAAAGAAAACUAGAAAUACAGCCUUUAAAGGCAUUUUCGGUGCU